AUGGAAAGUUCAAAAACCUAGCUUCAAGAUAUGGGAUUUACUGAUGAGUAAAUAACAAAUGCUAUCAAUUCCACCAAUUCCACUGAUAUUGAGGUUUUGAUUACAUACAUUGAGAGUUAGACUUCGGAUAAUCCAUAACCAUAAUAGUAACAAGCAGCAGCUUAACAAUUUGAUUCAAUUACAAAGUAUGUCAGUGAAGAGCAUGUGGCUAUUUUGAUGUCUGAAGGUCAUUCAAAGAAUGUAGCAGAAAAAUCCUUAUUGCUGUCUUAAAAUUAAGGUGUGGAAGCUGCAAAAUAAUGGAUUGAGGAGCAUAAAAAUGAUUAGGAUUUUGAAGAGGAAUUACAAAUAGUUGGCAAUGGCAAAAAGAUAUCACCUGAAGAGGCUGCAUUUAAAGCCAGAGAACUCUAAUAGAAGCUUCGAGAAAAAAGGAGAAUCGCUGAAGAAUAGGCUGCUUUUGAAUAAGAAAAAAAUAGAAUUGCUUCAGGAAAAGCAAUGAAUGAUGUUAGAAGAGAGUUGGAUGAAUAGAAAAAGAAACUAGAGGCAUAGAAAGCAAAAAGAGAGAGAGAGCAAUUUUUAAAAGAUAAAUAGGAAAUGGAAGAAUAAUUAAGAAGAGAAAAAGAAGCCAGAUUUGGAAAAUCCUAUGCUUAACCUAGUUAACAACAAUAGUAAUAAAAAAAAUACUCUCCCAUUGAAUUAUUUGAAUUAGGCAUCAAACAAAUUAAAGUAGCUUAUCCACCUGAUCUUAUACCUGACACUGCUUAUAAUUCAUUGACACUUAUCUAAAAAAUUCUUGAGAACAUCUUAAAAAAUCCUUAAGAAGAGAAGUUUCGAAAAAUCUCAUUAACUUCUUAGGCUUAUUUGACUAAAAUAGAAUAAGUUUUAGGAGCAAGAAAUGCCCUGGAUGGAUUGGGAUUUGAAGAAAAUAAUGGAUUCUAUGUAUUUCAAAGUGCAGAUGUUUCCAAUUUGCAAAAGGCCAUAUCCAUUGUGUAGACUGAAUUAAAAUGAAAAUGAGAUAAAUUUAAAGUCAUUUAUUAAAUAAUUGGAAUUUCCUUUGG